UCCCCCAAGGAGGGAUUUUCCUCUCCCACCCCAGCUCCCUGUGCCUUGGUCCCCUCGGGGAGCGCUCCACGGUAAUAAUUUACUGCCUGCCACAAGCCACUCCUUCGGACUUUUUCUUCGACCUUCAGACUGCAUUGCCAAAAUAAAAACAACAGGAGGGAGAGUGGUACGAGCUGCUUCCCACAGCGAGAGUGUGGCAGUGCCUCCAGCCCUGCUGCCGGAUCCCAGGAGCCCUGUCUCAGGAAACUUUCAUCAAAGGAACUUCCAUCACUCUGCUUGUCCUUGCAGCCCCUCAUCAGCUCAGCCGGGUGAGCUCCUGUGAGGAGCACACGUGAGUGUUCCUGAUCUGGGUAAUUUCAGAAUCUGGCAGAUCAGCAGAGACCAGCUGUGUCCCCAUGUCUGUCCCCAUUUUCCUGGGACACCCACACGUGGAAAGGAGCCUGGGGCUCCACUGGGAUUUGCAGCCAGCAGCAGAAGGGUGAUGUUUACACCAGAAAUUUCAGGUUGCGUUGGCUGUGGUCUCCUGGGCUGUGAGAGCCUCUGAGGCCAGGCCUGGUGAAGCUCAGAAACCAGACAGAACAUUCCCAAACCCCUCUCUGGCAGGACAGAGAGGGCUGUUCCUGCUCAGUUCCAGAGUAGGGGGCAGAGCUGGGCUUGGCAGGUUUCAGGACAGCUCUGCUGCUCUUGCACAGGGGCUCACAGGUCCUGGCAAUGCCUUGAGCCAGCUUGGACUGGGCUGCUCGCUGCAUCCAGUGCGGCUGCACUGUCUCCACUCUGCUGGAGACAACCUCUGGCUGUGCCAGCACCAUCUGAUUCCCGUGGAUAUAAAGGGUUGAGAACAUGGAUCCCAUGCAGCAGAGCUGGAGCUGGCAGCUCUCAGGGAUGGAGCAGGCAGAGGGGAGGCAUUCCCACAGACACUGCACCCCCAGCUCCUCCUGACGGAGCCAGUGCUGUGCCAGCAGCGAGGGGCCUGGGUUUGGGCAGUGCAGCUCCCAGAGCCACUUCUGAGCUGCUAAACCCUGCUCAAUCCAGCCAGGAAACUGCCUCUCUGUCCUUGUCCCACCAGGCUGGGCACACUGGGGCUUGAGCUAGGGGUGGUGGCCCUGUGUCACAAUGACCUGUGCUGCAGGGGAAAAGAGGUAUUCACACCAAAAAACAGGUUUUGGGCUUUGUGUUGUUUGGGUUUGUGGUUGUUUUUUGUUUUUUCUUAAAGGCCCUCAAGCCCAGGCUGUAAUGUGUUCUGAAGUGCUGCUGGGAAAGAGAAGAGGGGACAGCAAGCAGGACAAUUGAGCCUUCCACAAGGACAAGGCUGGCCAGGAGGGGCCACUUACAGUCAGGCUGCUUCCAACGACGGAGGAACAUCUGUGUGUGCUGCUUCCCGAGGACAGCCGGAGCCAGCCGCUGAGUUCCUGCCCCAGCUGCAAGGAGAGGAGAUUAUUUCUGCUGGUUUAUGUUUGUGGCCUGGAUGGAGCUCUCCUCCACUGCCCUGGGCAAGACAAAGGAACUCAUCAAGCACGGCCGGGAGAGGAUAGAACAAACCAUCAAGGCCUCUGGCUCCAGGCUCUGCUCGUAUGCUGAGCGAGUUGUGUUUUUAAUGGAUCGUUCCCGGAGCCCAGACAAAAGCAGCCAGCCUUCAACACCAACUGACAACAUCAACCUUGGACCUUCUGCUAACCCCAAUGCCAAGCCAACAGACUUUGACUUCCUGAAGGUUAUUGGCAAAGGAAGCUUUGGAAAAGUUCUCCUGGCCAAACGCAAGUGUGACGGGACUUUUUAUGCAGUGAAAGUCCUGCAUAAGAAAACCAUCCUCAAGAAAAAGGAGCAAAACCACAUCAUGGCAGAACGCAAUGUGCUCCUGAAAAAUGUCAAGCACCCCUUCCUUGUGGGACUCCACUACUCCUUCCAGACCUCGGAGAAGCUUUACUUUGUGCUUGACUAUGUAAAUGGAGGAGAGCUCUUCUUCCACCUGCAAAGGGAGCGCUGUUUCCGUGAGCCCCGGGCCCGAUUCUACACUGCAGAAGUUGCCAGUGCCAUUGGAUAUCUGCAUUCCCUAAACAUCAUCUACAGGGACUUAAAGCCUGAGAACAUCCUCCUGGAUUGCCAGGGACACAUAGUAUUGACAGACUUUGGACUCUGCAAAGAAGGAAUGGAGCAAGAGGAGACAACUUCUACCUUUUGUGGCACUCCUGAGUACCUGGCUCCUGAGGUGCUAAAGAAGCAGCCCUAUGACAGGACAGUAGACUGGUGGUGCCUAGGAGCUGUCCUCUAUGAAAUGCUCUUUGGACUGCCUCCUUUUUACAGCCGGGAUGUGUCUCAGAUGUAUGACAACAUUCUGCACAAGCCACUACAGAUCCAAGGAACCAAAACUGUGGCAGCUUGUGACAUCCUUCAGGGACUUCUCCACAAGGACCAGAAGAGGAGGCUGGGUGCCAAAACAGACUUUCUUGAAAUAAAGAACCACGUAUUCUUCAGCCCAAUAAACUGGGAUGAUUUAUAUCACAAGAGGAUUACUCCUCCAUUCAACCCCAAUGUGGCUGGCCCAGCUGAUCUGCGACACUUUGAUCCUGAGUUCACCCAAGAAGCCAUCUCUGCCUCCAUCACCCGCACACCUGAGCUAGCAGCCAGCAGCUCCAGUGCCUCAGAUGCAUUUUUAGGAUUUUCAUAUGCACCAACUGAAGAGGACAUUUAAGUUUUAUAACGGCUUUGUGAAGCCAUAUUUUAAAUGAAUGGGUUUUAUGUUUUUGUUUUGUUUUUCCUUUUGAGAGGAUUGGUACUAUCCUUUGCUCAUGGUUUAAGGAAAUUGGCACUAACACACUAACUGGCUGGGAUGGAACACAGAUCUUAAUUUUUGCUGUUAGGUGGAUUUUCUCCCUAAAUGAAUAUUUUCCUGCCAGGGAAAGUGGGACACUGACUAUGAUUUUCCCCGAGUGUCUUGUGCUGCUUGGCAGAAUUGCAUUCACUCUGUGGCUGUAUCUAUGGUUGAGGCAUGUGCCAUUAUUCACAUCAACAGCCAUGUCCCUGUAACUGGACACUUUUUUAAUUUUUUUUUUUUUUUUGUGAAACUAUGGUCAGCUAUGUCCAAUGUCUUUCCCAAGCCCUCAACAGGAAAGGAGACUCUUCAUAUCACCAUGAACAGUGGCUUCCUUCCUUUAGGUGAACUCUGUCAACUCAAGCUGCUCAUCCUGGGCUGAGUAAAAAACUGCUGAUCAUUUAUUGCUCCAAAGGCAUCUGCAGACCUGUAAAUCCUGAACUGCACUGUGGUCUUUCAUGCCAGCCUGAUCUGCCUCAAAGUGAGAUGAUCAUCUGUCUGGUCCAGGAUUGGGAUGCUACUGAAGCCACAAUGAGGCUGUGACAGAGGAGCCAAUGUGUACGAGGAAAAUCCCAGAUCAAAAAGGGGCUGGGGAAGGGAGCUGAGUUGCUUGGAAAAAAUGGAAAUAACUUUAUAGCUGGCCUCUGCUUGGGGUUGGGGGGUGCUUUCACAGUGUGUGCUUGACUUGCCUCAGGCACACCAGCACUUACUGUGAUGAGCACAGGGCAGUGAACAGCGAGUGCUGACCAGGCUCCAGCACUCACCUGAAAAUGCCCAUCACUGAUGUGGAACAGUUAUUUAUUCUGCCUUAAUUUAAGUGCUGGUGUAUUCAUUGAAUGUCACUUCCCACAUAUUUUUUUUAAGCUGUUGUGUGCUGUUGCUGUGGGGAGGACAGGGGGCUCAGAGCAACACGGGGAUAAACAAGGGGCUGCCUAAAAGUUGUGUGAUGCUCAUGCUGUGGGGAACCUUGCGCUGGUACAACCGUGUUUUGGUUUUUUUUUUUAAUCAGGCUCUAUCUUGUACAUGCUGAAGUCAUUGGAAGUAUGACGUGGUUUAUAUUAAAGUUGUAAACACUGA